AGCACAGCGAAUCCGGAUGCGAAGCGACUCUACGACGAUCUGCUAAGCAACUACAACAAAUUGGUGCGUCCGGUGGUGAAUGUCACGGAUGCAUUGACGGUCCGCAUCAAGCUGAAGCUAUCGCAAUUGAUUGAUGUCAAUCUAAAGAAUCAAAUAAUGACCACAAACCUGUGGGUGGAGCAGUCCUGGUACGACUACAAACUCAAGUGGGAGCCCAAAGAAUAUGGCGGCGUCGAGAUGCUUCACGUACCCUCCGAUCACAUCUGGCGACCAGACAUUGUGCUCUACAACAACGCCGAUGGCAACUUUGAGGUGACACUUGCCACAAAAGCUACACUCAACUACACAGGACGCGUCGAGUGGCGACCUCCGGCAAUCUACAAGAGCUCCUGUGAGAUUGAUGUCGAAUAUUUUCCGUUUGACGAGCAAACAUGCGUCAUGAAGUUCGGCAGCUGGACUUACGAUGGAUUCCAGGUGGAUCUGCGGCACAUCGAUGAACUGAACGGCACCAAUGUGGUCGAAGUGGGCGUGGAUCUGUCCGAGUUCUACACGUCCGUUGAAUGGGAUAUACUUGAAGUUCCUGCAGUGCGCAAUGAAAAAUUCUAUACGUGCUGCGAUGAGCCUUAUCUGGACAUAACAUUCAACAUCACAAUGAGAAGAAAGACGCUCUUCUACACGGUCAACCUAAUCAUACCCUGUAUGGGCAUCAGUUUUCUAACCAUUUUGGUUUUCUACCUGCCAUCGGACAGUGGCGAAAAAGUCUCAUUAAGCAUAUCCAUUCUGCUGUCGCUCACUGUGUUCUUCCUGCUGUUGGCGGAAAUCAUUCCGCCCACGUCGCUGGUGGUGCCGCUGCUCGGCAAAUUUGUACUCUUCACAAUGAUACUGGAUACGUUCAGCAUCUGUGUGACUGUUCUGGUGCUGAACAUCCAUUUCCGGUCACCGCAGACGCACACGAUGGCGCCUUGGGUACGCACGGUGUUCAUCAAUCAGCUGCCACGUUUUCUGGUGAUGCGUCGACCGCUUUAUCCGAUCAGCGAGAUGAUCAAAUCCUCGCGCCGUCUCAUGGUGCGCACCUGCAAUGGACUCGAGCUGAGGGAUCAGAUACCACCGUUGCCCCCACCCGUGGCUCUAUCGCGCAUGCAUCAUAGCCCCAAGACCACAUCACGUAGCACUUCGCCACAUCUGCAGCACAGAGUGCAAACCCUAAGCUUGAUGGAUGAACUGGGCGUUGUGGGAGGAGUUGGAAUAGGUGUAGGAGUAGGUGGUGGAGGUGGAGGAGGAGGAGCAUCAACGAUCACUGGGCAUUUGAGCUCAUUGUAUCCGCCGACCAUUUCGACGGUUAAUCAGCAGACCUCGACAACAUCUUCGCUAAUUGAUGCACAGUAUCAUAAUCAGUAUCAGCAGACGGGAGGCUCCUUGCUGGAUCAUCCGCUGACGCCGACCAAGUUCCGCCAGAUGACAUCCACCUCGAGUCAGACGGGUCAAAAUGGGUCAUCGGCAGGCGGAGGUGGAGGUGGCACUGUGGGAGGCAGUCAGGCCGGAAGCUAUCAUCUGUAUCGACAGCAGUCGAGCUGCUCGGCAAAUUUCUCGCCAUUGCCGUUGCAUGCGCAUCAGGCGCACGCCUCGACGACCACCUGCGAUUUGGGAUUGGGCGGCAACCACAAUCCCAAUGUGAUAAAGUCCACAACGACGGUGAACUCGGUGGCCACCGCAUCGACGCUGGCCGAUUCCUGCUGCAGCGGCACCAUCCAGAUACACCAGGGCAUGGGCGCUGGCGCCGCCUGUCAAUCCUCGGAGCUGUUGCAUCAGCAUCGACCCACCACAUCCGCCGCAGCGGCAGCGGCAGCAGCAGCAGCAGCGGCGUCGGCAGCGGCGUCGGCAGCUGGCGCUAGCACCUCAGCAGCGGCUGCAGCGGCGGCGGCUGCUGCUGCGGCAGCGGCAGCGGGUGGUGCAACGCCACCGCCACCACCACCGCCGGCCUGUGAUAUACUGCCUGCCUGCCAGCGCGAGGGCGGACCACACUGCUGUACGGGGCGUGGCAAUGUCCGACAACGCUGGCACACCUGCCCAGAGCUCCACAAGGCCAUGGAUGGCGUCAACUAUAUUGCGGAUCAGACGCGCAAAGAGGAAGAAAGCACACGGGUCAAAGAGGAUUGGAAAUACGUUGCCAUGGUGCUGGACCGACUCUUCCUCUGGAUAUUCACAAUAGCUGUGGUGGUAGGCACGGCCGGGAUUAUCCUGCAGGCGCCCACGCUCUACGAUACUCGCGUACCCAUUGACAUCAAGCUGUCGGAGAUUGCCUCCACGACGGCCAAGCCGAAUGUAGCGAGGCCCGUGUUGUAAGUCCCAUAAGGACAAAAUCAGCACACACUCACAUACAUACACAGACAGACACACUCACACACUAACACACACACAAUUUCCUACUCGCAGACAGGCAGUCUGAGGAAGCAGCAUGAGAAAUUCGCAUUUGUUUUCCACUCGAUUUCUUUUUUCUUUUUUUUUUUUUUUGUGACAACGCGACUGCA